GAUCAGACAGCUGUUUCUCCAGGGAGAAGAGGCAAGGAGCGGCUCAGCUGCCUGUUCUGACACUCUGCUUCAAGGGAAGCAAGAGCCCUUCACCUGAAAUCCUCCCGCGAUGCUGCGGUUGCUGCUGCUGCAGGUCUGGGCGAGCUGCCUCUGGCUGGGACAUGGCAAGGUGGUGCAGUCCCUUUCAAAUAUAUGUGAUCAGUUUUUCUACCAGAAAAUGAUUGCAACAAAUGGCCUCCUGCCAAGGAACCGAGCCUGGAUCUGCCAGACCUUCCAAAACCAGCGUUUCUUUGCCACCUUGUACGACAAACAGAAUCGUAUUCCUGUGUACUCCGCUUACAUCUACAACCCUGGAACUGGAAAGAGACCUACGCCACAAUGGAUGGUGGAGCCCCAGCUGAUCCGUGACAAUUUGCCCAGAGACAUGCAAACAGAGAAGACCCUCAGAGAAACUUACUCAGUCAGCCAAAAGGAUAUCAGCAAUAGCCAGGCUGUCAACCAAGACUACCUGCACCUUAACAAUUUGGACCGUGGCCAUUUGAGCCCCGCUGGCCAUCAACACACCCAGGACGGCAAGACUGCGACCUUCACCCUCACCAACAUAGUGCCCCAGGAUGCUGCACUCAACAAGGGUGCCUGGAACCUCUAUGAGCAGAAUACAAUGGCUGGGAAUAGCAAGGACUGUCAAACCACCUACGUCAUUGUGGGGGCUGUGCCUGGGAACUCCUCCAUCUCCCAAAACAGGGUUAAUAUACCCAGCCACAUCUGGGCCAGUGCCUGCUGCAAGAACACCAAAAAGAACAUCAUGAUUGCUUGGGCUGCCAUUGCCCAGAACAACAAGAACAAGAUCCAGGUCCUCAAGCUCGGGGAAUUGGAGAAAAGAUUGACCCAGCUGUAUAAGAGGGGACCGGUUUCUCUGUUCCAUGCGGACUGUCCCCGUUAAUAAGCCUCACAUCCUGAGUAUAAAAGGCUUGAUUGCUUUUCCCAAAUGUCACAGAAUCACAGAAUGAUUUGGGUGGGAAGGGACCUCAAAGAUCAUCUAGUUCAAAACCCCCGUGCAAAAUAGCAGGGAAACCUUCCACUAGACCAGCUUGCUCACAGCCAUGUCCAACCUGGUCUUCAACACUUCCAGGGAUGGGGCAGACACAGCUUCUCUGGGCAACCUUUGCCAGGGCCUCACCACCCUCACAGGGAAGAAUUUCUCCCUGCUAUGUAGUCUGACCCUGCCCUCUCUCAGUUUAAAGCCAUUCCACCUUCUCCUGUCACUCCACGCCCUUGUCCCACUCUAACUCUCCCAGAGACCCUUCAGGUACUGGAAUGGGAUCUAAAUUCUCCUCAGAGCCUUCUCCAGCUCAACACACGCAGCUCUCUCACCCUGUCUCCAGAGCAGAGGUGCUCCAGCUCUCAGAAUACCUUGGUGGCCUCCUCUGGACUCCACCCCAACAGGUUUGUGUCCCUUCCAUGUUGUGGGCCCAGGGCUGCAGGCAGCACUGCAGAUGGGGUCUCACAAGAGCAGAGUAGAGGAAGACAAAUGUCCUGUGCAGUGUCCAUCCUGCUCCCUUCUCUGUGUGUUUCCAGUUCUGUCCCUCAGGACAACUCCUCCUCCUGCUCUGAUAAAAGGGAGAAAGAGGUGGGCAGAGCCUGCAGCUGGUUUGCUUUGCUGCCCAUCCUGGCACAGAGCUCUUAGGGAUGAGUCCUUGUCCUGGCACUCUGGAGGGAACAGCUGGAUAAAAGCCCAUGGACAAGGAAAUCAGAGCUUCUCACUGAGACCAGAAGGGCCUUGUUUGCCUUUUGCUCCUUGCCCACAUACAGGUCUUAGUUCCUUCCUCUCCUCAUCAGCUGUCCCUGAGAGUGUGCUGCUGACUUAUCCCUCACCUCCUGAGGAAGGCUGUGGGACUAGGGUGGCUCAGGUUGCCCACCUCAGGUGUUGUGGAGUCUCCACUGCUGGAGAGGCUCAAACCCCAAGUGGACCUGAUCGUGGACAACCUGCUCUAGCUGACCCUGCUUGAGCAGGGGUCUGGACUAGGAGAUCUUGAGAGGUCCCUCCAAACCUCAACAGUUCAGUGAUUCUGUGAUCCUGGGACGAGGUUUUGUUUGCUUGCUUUUAAACCCGGCAAAUUGUAGAAGCUAUGAAGAUAGGCAGGCUCAGGAAUCAGAUAUAGAGGAAGCCUUGACCAGUCAGAGAUAAAUUUCUGCGAUAAACUGCUUGGAUAACUU